AUUAUUAUAUAUUUGCCCUAGAAAUGUCAUUCACACAUCGGGGGAUGAGGGAGAGAUUUAAACCGACGGAAAUUCAUUGAACACAUACAUUUCUAUCAGACAUGGCUCCACAUGGACAAGGAGGAGGGAUUCAAAGAAUCUACAGGAAUUCUUGUCUUCUCAUAGAAUUGUCCUUCCUCCAAAAAAAAAUGUAUUGUUUCGAAAAACUUCACAUUAUUCUAAACAAAUUAUUCUAGUGAUCUAAGUCCUACUUCAAUUUGCCAUUUAAACAAAACUUAACCUACGCUAAGAUCACGGGCUACCAUAACCAAACAGGGAAAUAAAUCCGGUCAGUACGGGUGCUGUUACUCUUCUGUUUCUGUGUCUUUAAAAACAGAUUCAGCCCACGCCUCGAAAAGCGGCUUGUUCCGGCUUUGCCUCUUUACAACUUUAUCCUUCCACGGCAAUGAAAAUAGUACCACGGGCAACCACUCUUUUCAAAUAUGAUCUUCUGCUGUUAGCGAUGUUCAUCUAUAUUUCGAUUUCAAAACGCGCUUCUCAAAGGCUUUCCCCAUCAUUAAGCUCUGCAGUUGCGUCAAAUGGCAGACCAAGCGGAGUGAUACUAGUUCACGACAUCGCAGCUACUGGAGCGAAACCACUUUGGGGAGUAUGUCGCGUAGUCCGUGAACGUACAAGGGGGUUACUAGCACUGACGAGCAUUAUUUAUUGAGAAGCCUUGGAGUAAUUACCACAUUUCUAAACUGGGAAAAGUACGUCACUGCGGAGUCGGAACAGUUAAAUUUAUUUGAGGUUUUUUUUUUAUGGCAUGCGAAGUUGAUGCAGUAAUUGCAUAUUACGAUGAUUCUCCGCUGUCACUGUGCCUAGGGGCCCUUUCUCUUCUGCCCAGGCAUGGGUGAGGAGUCAGGGUGUGGCAGCAUGCGAUCUCCUUGAAGUCCUCCUGGCCCCCUGCAGGUGACAGGAUGCCUGUGCAGGCAGCCCAAUGGACGGAGUUCCUGUCCUGCCCGAUCUGUUACAAUGAGUUUGAUGCCAGCAGCCACAAGCCCAUAAGCCUGGGCUGCUCCCACACAGUCUGUAAGACAUGCCUACACAAACUGCACCGCAAGGCCUGCCCCUUCGACCAGACCACCAUCAGCACCGACAUCGAUCUGUUGCCCGUCAACUGUGCCCUGCUGCAGCUGGUGGGAGCACAGGUUCCUGAAGGCCAGAGUGUGUGUGUGGGCAGUGCUGAAGACACGCAGCAUUAUGGAGUGUGCAGAACAUGUGUGGAGGAGCUGGCUCUCUACCUCAGCCCCAUCAGCGGAGGAAAAGGUGUGGCGAGUCCUAGCCCGUGUACGCUCAGCCGACCCAUGCAGAGAAAGCUGGUGACGAUGGUCAGCUGUCAGCUGGUGGAACAGGAGGGGCGUGUGCGGGCAGAGCGAGUAGCUCGUUCCUUGGGCGAGCGCACCGUCACCGAGCUCAUCCUGCAGCAUCAGAAUCCCCAACAACUCUCCGCCAACCUGUGGGCGGCUGUCCGGGCACGUGGCUGCCAGUUCCUGGGGCCCGCGAUGCAGGAAGAUGCACUGAAGCUUGUGCUACUGGCCCUCGAGGAUGGCUCCGCCCUCUCGCGGAAGGUUCUGGUGCUGUUCGUGGUUCAGAAAUUGGAAGCUCGUUUCCCUCAGGCCUCCAAGACCAGCAUUGGACACGUGGUGCAGCUCCUGUACAGGGCCUCCUGCUUCAAGGUGACGAAGCGUGAUGAAGACUCCUCCCUGAUGCAGUUGAAGGAGGAGUUUCGCAUGUACGAGGCUCUCAGGCGAGAGCACGACGCUCAGAUCGUCCACAUCGCCAUGGAGGCGGGCCUGCGAAUCUCCCCUGAGCAGUGGUCCUCCCUGCUGUAUGGGGACCUGCUCCACAAGUCCCACAUGCAGUCAAUCAUAGAUAAGCUCCAGUCCCCAGAAUCCUUUGCAAAGAGUGUCCAGGAGCUGACCAUAGUCUUGCAGAGAACGGGUGAUCCAGCUAACCUCAACAGCCUCCGAGCUCCAUUAGAACUACUGGCCGGCAUAGACCAUAACCCAGAUGGCGAUGCACCUGCCUGGGCAGAGCUUGAGCGUGUGAUGCUGGCAGUGAAGGUUGUUGUCCAUGGGCUGGUUGACUUCAUCCAGAACUUCAGCAGAAAGAACCAUGAAGCCUUUCAGUCUCAGCCCAACAGCAAGUACAAGACCAGCAUGUGCAGAGAGCUCCGGCAUCAGGGGACAUGCCCACGCGGUUCCAACUGUACUUUCGCCCACACGCAGGACGAGUUGGAGAAGUACCGGAUGAGGAAUAAGAAGGUUGGCGGAGCAGCAAGGCCAACCCUGCUCCCAGCUGUGGUUCCCAGGUCGGGUGCUGUUAAGCUUCCCCUCACCGAUCUGUCUCCUGGGGUCCUGCUCAACCAUGAGCAAGAGGGUGUGCUGUCGGAGGGUCCCUCUCCCACCCACCUCGUUCCCAGAGGAGGAGAGCGGGAGCAGGAGGAUGUGACGCUCACGCCCACCAACGCCAGCCAAGAGGAGAAACAGAUUUCUCCUCCAAAGACCCCAGUUGGUGCGAGUCAGUCUCUAGUGCCGGCCCCGCACCCUGCUGCAACUCCUGCGGACGUGGACGCAACGCUGGCCAGUCGCAGCCCGCUGGGGCCCCCCAGAGCUCACACUGAGAUGGCCUACUACUCUGAACAACGGCCUCCACACGACAUGCCGUCCUACCAUUCUUCCGGUCAUUACUACUCAUCCAUGACUAACUCCCACAAGCCCUGCCUGGGCCUCUUCACUCGCUCCUGUCCUGCCUCCGAAUCCCCAGCCAAGUCAUCGUUGGCUCCCUCCUGUUUGGAGCAGCAGCCCCAAAUCCCUAACCACCGUCUCUUGACCUACCCUUCGACCGCUAGUUAUGCGCCCAUCGCACACCCUCACCCCCACGGGCAUGGUGUCUACACCCCUGUCUAUGACAGCCGGCGGGUGUGGAGGCCCCAGCUAUACCCCAGGCAGGAUGGCAGAAGCAACUCCCUCCCUCUGGAGGUGCUGCACUCUUCCAUCUACCAGCCCCCCCUCCGGGAACGCUUCCACUCGCUGGACAGCCCGUACUGCAGUUCUGCCGAUAGGAGGACAGCUCUGCACAGGGAGCAGUACGCGUGUGAAGACUUCUACAGAUUCCACCACGAACAGUGGCCACACCAGUCCAGCAACCCCAGCAGAGGAGCACAACCUAUUUUUACUGUGGACAUCUGCUCCGAGGUUGGGCGAUGUGGGAGCUGUAAGUGUGGGGGGGGAGUAACAGGGGCCCAUUACUCCCCUUGGUCAUGUGACCCUGUUGGUCCAUUUGAGGCAGAGCCUGGAGGGCUCUGCCCACCCUCCUGCACCCAACAUGCGGACGCAGAGUGCACAGGCAGGCGCUGGCCCCGCUUCUUUGAACCCUACCGGCGCGUGCGGGAUGAGGACCCCAUAAUCCCCUUCAGUGAGGGCCCCAUCAUCUCCAAGUGGGGCGCCAUCUCUCGCGCCUCUCGCACGGACCCGCGCACCCCUGAGCCUGUUCGGGUCGCUGCUCUCCAGGGCAGGCCCAACCCCACGCCUGUAAACUUCAGAGGCUACGGCUCCCACCCGGGACCUGGCGACUGCCGGUGGGGAGCAUGCGGCUUUGGCUCCAGCUGCUCCAGCUUCCAUGAGAGUAAUCAGAGGUGCAGGUCCUUUGGCAGCAGUGGGAAGCAUGGAGCAGAGAUGUUGAUCCAGGACGGUACUGAGAGUGAACCGGACCGAGACAUUGAACUAGAGCUGUCUGCUCUUGAUAUGGAAGAACCAGAAUCACAGCAGUUACAGCCUGAGGUUUCUCUGGAAUCUCAGACUGGGAAUCACCUAUCCAGUGUAUUCACAGAUCCUGUGUCAAGGUCAAAGACUGACCAGACAAUACCUGACCACUUGGUGGAUGCGCGUUUGUUAAAGAUGGCGGCAUUUAGGAAAUCUCUCUCCCCGGGUAGACUGCGCUUGGGGGGCCUUGGCGUGGGAAGCCUGGUGUUGACUGAGUCGGUGAAGUCUGGAGACGUGCCAGUCCCAGGGCUGGAGAUGCUUCUCAACGGCAGCUAAGGGUGCCAGAAAGCAUCCCCAAAAUCGAAUGCCAUCAGGUCAAGGGUCAUGCCACAAUGACGCACUCGUCCUUAGAUAACGGGCUGAGCUGCCUUUUUUAAAAGGCUAUGCCACUCCGUUCUGCUGAAAACUUGAUUGUUUUAGCGUGUGCUGUAGGCUUUUGGAUGGGAAGGUGAAUUUAAGACUCCCCAGCAGUCGCAAAUGUCCACUGCACACUAACCUAGUGUUAGAAUUUGUUGGGUUUCCAGAACUUGGUUUUUGAUUGUUUUAUGUAUUUUAUGUAACAAACCUAACCUUAUGUAUUUUCCCCAUGUUCUCUUCAUAAGAGCUACUCAGGCCUUGCAGGGUUUUUUUUUUUUGUUUUUUGUUUUUUUUUUUUUCUCCCCCCUCUUUAAUUUCCCAGCUUAUGCAAAGGUCUUUAUGUUUACAAUCCCAUCUCAGGUCUCCUAGCUGUCCGAAAAUCAGAAUCCUCACUGGUGCCACUCCUUAGCCAGUCAGACACCCUGUUUUGUCUUGCGAGACAGCUCAGUAGUAAGACUUAAAUUCUUGCUGAUAAUUAGCUGCACUUAUAGCAAAAUUAAACUACUACAUUAAGACUAUUGCAGUUAUUGCCAAUGGGUUUCUAGUUAUAAUACAAUGUUUACAGGAUGUAUUUAUAAUAUGUCAGGUGCUCAGUAAAUACUGUACAUUGCAUAUGUCAUAGUACAGUAUCAUCCAUGUGCAUGAAAUGAACGCGCAUGUAUUCGGAGUGCUCUUUAAUCUUCAAACUUGUCAGGUUUUAUAAUGAACCCAUUUAUUGUUUAAUAUAUGCCUAGGAAGUGCUUUCUGUUUACGAGGCUUUAUAUCAGCUAUUUUUUACAUUUUAUUAUAUUAUUAUUAUUAUUAUUAUUAUUACUACUCUAGAUCAGUGUGUGUGUCUCGGAUAUUGUAACGUGGCAGCAUUAACGUGUUUGCGGUGACCAUCAUGGCCGGGUUAACUUUAAUCUUUUCAUAAUGCCUAGACUAAUGGUUUUAAUACUUCAUACUAAAGCAUCUUAAAGCUGUUACUUGCUUUUUAGUAGUAGUACUCGGAUAUUAGCGGUGUACUUCAUAUGAAGUCCAUCCAUCAGGGAGCAAAUAGUACUUGUUAAGAACUGGCCAUUAGGGGCUUGCCAUGGGAAGCCCCUAAUGACCCAGCUCAAACCAAGCGUAGUUUGGUGUGCGGAUGCUCUGGUGUGUUGGCACUGUGCAAAACGGGCUGCACUUCCCAUAUAAUUUCCCUGCUUUAGCCAGUCAUGAAAGCUCUGUAGCGCACUGACGCGCGGCUAGCCCGCCCUGUCAUGCAGAGCUCCCCAGUUCCUUUUUCUCUGCUUGUCGGUUUAUUGGUCUGGGCUGAAGCUGCUGCUCGCUGCCUCCUCACUCAGAUGUGCCCCCCCCCCCCGUUUGAAUGAAGCAUUGCUAACUUCUAUGAAGUUUUGUCAAAGUAUUUUUGUAUCAGGAAUCUCUUCCUCCCGUUUUGCUCGUUCAGUCACUGUGAAGAGUCAAAAGCGGAUCCGUCAGCUGCUGUUUGGUGGCUUUUUUGGCAGGUUUUGUUCCUGCUUAUCAGAACUGGCAUUAUUUGCCACAGUCUUAUAUUCUGAUUGGUAACGGACUCCCACACUGACCAUAAAGUUUUGUUCACUGAAACCGAAUUUUGUUGCGUUUCUCUUAGAGGGUGUCCGGUCUGGGGAGAAAUUGUUGCUUCAGAUCCCUCAGUGGAUGUGGGUUUUUUUUAUAUGCAAUGCAGUGAUACGACGACAUGAACUUGUACAUAAUGAGCCCUUUGCCUGACUUUAGCUGUCAACAUUAGUGGUUACCAAUUUCACUAACUUGUCACUGGUCUCGUGGUGUUGGAUUUAUUGCCUGAAAAGCAUCGUUUCGGUGUGUGCAUUCAACAAGAUGGUGGUAGAUGUGUUCCACCAUAUACCCUGGCUCUCCAAUGUCUCCCAUAGUUCUUUGUGAAAAUGAAGUUCCUUUCCAAAUGAGUCAGGCCACUGAUGAGAUGUCAAGGUAGUUUUAAAGUUAGAUUUUUUUUUUUUUUUUUUUUUUUUUGAGGGGGGAUUAAGGCGAUUGAUGGCAAUUUGUGCACUGAUUGGGUCACGUGCAGCUGCAUGCACUGUCUAAUGUAGCUUCACUAUUGUCUGAUUUGUUCAUAGCUUUGAUCAAAUGCGUUCCUCUAAUGCUAGUGUGGGAGUUUCAGCUCAGCAUAACUUUUUUGCUAUACCUAUAGCUCGUCAAUAAACCGUCCUGUAGCUGCUGAAGCAUGGUUUUAGUUCUGUACUUGUUGAUCCAUGCUUUUAUUUUAAUUCGCUAGUCUGUGUGUCCGAGUUGAAUCAGCCCAGCUCCGGGGGUCUCGUGCAUGUCAUUACAAAAAGCAGAAGACUGUAGUAAUUGUGCAACUGUGAUCCUACUGCCCCCUGUCGGUGUCUUGCCUGUUGUAUGGCCUCACCUCCGUUCUGUUUGGAAAUUCUGCCACCAUCUGUUUUGUCUAUUGGAAAUGUCUCAAUUUCUGUUUUUCUGAAUUUUAUAAAUUUGUUUAGCUGCAAUAACUUGGCAGGUUUGAUGGUUACAAUGAUUUGCUUGCUUGUCAGAUGUACCAUUGUUAAAGGAGCUGAUGUUUUUGGAUAUUUUUACGUCUGUAUUAGACAUUUCCUUUGCAAAUCUAUUGUUCGAUUUACUUGUAAAUGAAAUACAAGAUGGUACACAUCCAUCAGUUUAUAUAGCCAGAGCCAUCGUUAGAUGGACGUACUGCACAGUUUUAUGAUCAACUAUAAGAAUAUUUAUCAGCGAGAUUCUAAAGGUUGGGAAUAUCUUUUGAUGAAAUAUGAACUGAAACUAUUUUACUGCAUUUGUUCUCUUUAAAAGCACCACUGAGCAAAGAUUUCCCUGUUGCUUAUGGCCAUGCAAAGCAGGCUCGAUACAUGUGUGGACAUGUAGCUGCUGCUGAGCGGAUUUUUAAUGCCCUUAUUGUUAGUGCUUUUUGUACCUUUUGCUAAGGUCUGCUCCACUGUACCGAGCAAGCUUAUGAUGAAACACAAGCUCAUGACCUGUAAUCGCAUGCUAAGGUAAUAAAAUGAGUUUCACCAUUAAA